CCGACUAAUUUGUGUGGAAAUUAGAAGGAAAUAUUAGAAAUAUGUCAACUCCCAGCGAUUCCGUAAUGGCAGAAGAUUGCUUUGAUAUUGAAAAAGUAGCAAAUAUAUUUGAAAGAAGUCUGCUUGAUGAAGACGACGUACGUAUGGAAGACUAUCUGGAGGCAUAUGAGGAAAUCAUGAAGUUCUUCCUGUUGAUGGGGAGUGUUUUCACGUUUGUCAGCUCCGAUGUACGCAAUAAAUUGGACGUUCUAUACGAGCUUCGACGGAGAGACGUCGAUGAACUGAAACACUUUGAUACCAUUAAAACGAUGUUGCUGUAUGAAAAGGAUGAAAGACUGUUGCAACAGAAGGGUUACGUGUCUGGCAGUCGCACCUUAUUGCGUCUACACCGUGGUUUGGAGUUCGUCUACGAGUUUCUAUAUCGUCUUCAGAGCGUGGCUGAUAAUGAAAAAGCGCACACUGUCUGCAAGUCCGCCUACAAUGAUACAUUAGCCAAGCAUCAUACAUUUCUCAUACGUAAGGGAGCCCAAGUGGCAAUGUUUACGAUACCCACAAAGGGGGAUCUCCUCAAGCGCGUCUGCCGCAAUGUGGAUGUGGCACGUGCCAUGGAGUUGCUGCCGUGCAUGCUGAGGAACAUGCGCAUCGCCUACGAUCGCACGAAUGAGCUAUAUACACUACACGAUCUGCACAAUCUGCCUUAGAAUCUAGAAUCCAUUAGUCAUUAUAAUGUCACAUGUGUCUUUGCCUAUUUAUUUAACCAUUAACUGCAUUCCAAUGCUUGUAUUAAUUGUAUUUAUUGUCUUGUUCACUGGCUGUGCCUGUUUUACAUAUGUAUCUGUUUUAAACGUUUUUAAAGCUUGACGAUUAACCGA